GUCACAAUCCCCUGGCAUGUCGCCAUUGACCAAAUCGACUGUCGUAGAGGUCUCUGCCUUGGAUAAACUCGUUCUUUCGCAAGCUGUUUGGGAGUUUGGUCUAUCAUGGACCCAGGUCUCUCGUACUCUGUCUAAACACCCCCUCCUUUCACAUCCCAAAAGUUACUUCACCGCUCAGUCAUGCCACGCGAUGUACGAUGCGAUGAUGAUAGAGGCGGGGCUAGAACUAGACGCGAUGGAGGAUCCAGUGCACGCACCCACACAUCUCAAACUUGCCGAAAAAUAUCAUGUUGAGCGUGUUCAGGAGCUGCGCACGUUGAUUGAAGCGGAAGAAGAGCACUUCAAGUCUAUAUCUGAUGAAAUUGACGAACUCAGACUUGGGACAGACAUUCCGGCCGAAGUUCCGGGAAUGAGUCGAACAAAUCUGUUGAUGAAACGCCGGACGAGGUCCAGCCGAUCGAAGUGCACAGUGCUACACCGGUGGAACCUGUAGAACCUCCUCCAGCGGUCGCUCUGUCGGCAAGUGAAGAUGAACCGUCGGAGCCACUUGAAAUCCUGCAAGAGAGCGAUGCAACAGUGAAAGUUGCGCAAGAGGGACCGACGAGUCCUCCACUAGCAGCCGAAGUUCCCUCCUCAGACGGUUUCGAAGUUAGCAUGGACAUCAGCGACAUCGAGAAGGAAGAGGCUACACCUGAAGCGCAAUCACCAUCUCCUGCUAUCAUGGAUGUCGAAGACUUGGUCAAAACGGAGGGAGAGUCGCCGUUAGCACCAUCACGGUCAACGUCUAAAGCUCCAGAGGCCUCAGAUGUUGCAAUGCCUGUUGAUGUCGAACCAGAAACCCUGCUUGAGCUAAAGCCUGAAUCAGAUAUCGAAGAGAGCAAAGAUGACGAGAAUCCCGAAUCCCCUGACGAUGAGGUUGAAGAAUCCGCCGAAGUCGAAACUCUCAAAGCAGACAGUGGAUCACCCGCAGGAUCUGUUACUGUUGAACUACCAGACGCGGAAGAGGUCGAAUCGGCUAUAUCAACUCGACGUUCCACUCGCGGUCGUCCAAGUGCAGCCGCGACAUCGGCUGCGACACCCAAUGUGCCAAAAAAACGUGGCCGCAAACCCAUGCACCGGCCGACGCCAUCGCCAGAGCCGGAUAUCGAAUUUGAUGUAGAAACUGCUGCUCCCGGACACCUGCAUCACUGGCCGAUUUAGAUGAUCUUCCGCUAAAUCGACGUGGCAAACGCAAAGCAUCAGUCUUCGGUGGGUUCGAUUCUCCGCGUGAAAGAAAGCGAGCGAGAGAGGAAUCGGAGCCUGUUGAAGAUGAUGAACAGCCCUUGACACCAUCUGGUUUCCGACGUCGCGGAACCGGACGCACUGAGGAGCAGGUCGCCAUCAAACGCUUCCAGACUGUCAUAGGCAUGGUGCAUUCGCAAAUUUCGCAGCACCGAAACGGCAAUAUCUUCCACAAUCCCAUCAAACGCACUGACGCCCCGGACUACUAUGACAUUGUCAAGCGCCCUACGGAUCUGAAGUCGAUCAAAGCCAAGAUCAAGGAUGGUGGGAUCACAAACUCGCUCGAAUUUCAAAGGGAUAUCUACCUGAUGUUUGCCAACGCGAUCAUGUUCAACCGCCCAGGAUCUGACGUACACACCAUGGCAGAAGAUAUGAUGAUGGAAAGUGAUGCUCAAAUCAAUACCUUCCGACAAACCGAAGGCUUUGUACGCGGCUCGCGAUAAUUGAUUACUUGUAAUUACUGCUUGGACCCACUGUCUCGCGAGACAACACAUUUACGUCCUUGGACGCGUGACAUAGAGGAUAGAUCAAUAUUUGUCAUCAGGAUUUGAUCGGCGCUCUCCGUGCAUCAUCAUCUCAGUCUGUCUGUCUCGGUGUCCUCGAGUGAUGUUUUUGGGCGCCAGACGACUUAUUCUGUAAUCACACCUCCGGGAAGACCAGCAUGUUUGUCGCCAGCGUGCUUCGCUGGCUUCUCCUCCUCCUGCGUGCCUUGUUGAUUACCCAGCCCCAAGGGUCUUCGUGGUGGACAGUCUUCCUGGUCUGGCUCGUCCGCCUGGUCACCUUCUCCCUCCUACUCCGCACCUACAUCUUCCCAUGGACGAUCACGCGUAUGUCGAAGCACCUCCGCAUCAGGAGCAUCAGUCUGCGGUCCAUCCGUGGCCUAUACGCACGGUUCGGCGCACAUACGCUGCGGGCUGACCGCAUCAGCUGGACGGGCGCUUACAUCGACGGCUCGUGGCGCAUAACACUCCAAGUGCACGGCUUCGUUCUCCAGGUCGGCAUCCCGCCACGCAAGCCGACGGCACCCAUCCGCACACCCAAACACUCCCGCUCACGGACCCUCGCAGCGAAAUUCGCGCCGUCUCCCAUUGCGCACUACCUAUGGCGGCUCGUCUCGCAGAUAUUCUUCGUCGUGGAUCCAUUCAUCCGACCCGUCGUGCGGACGUACUUUACGGGAUGUCUGCGGCUGGUCAUCGGCGCGGUGCCAGGGAUCAGCCAGGCGCUCGUCCUCGAUCUGCACUCCCCACGCAUCACAUUCGCCGCUGUCCCCGGCGCGCAGGUUGUCACGCAGACCGUGUCCGUGCGCUCGGUCGUGGCGUUCCAAGAGGCCCAGGGCGAAAACAAGCAUAGCGGCCAGACUCAUGCUCAACAGCGCGCAUCGUACAGCCUGGCUGCCUGGAGGAGACGGUUUACGCAUAGCGUGCAGCGCUCCUGGGACCGAGCCUGUGCGACGACGCACGGGGCGAUAGACGUGAAAGUGAAGUUGCAGGGCAUCACUGGAUCCAACACGAGCAACUUCAUCCAGCUGCCUGGCUCGAUUGACUUGAUUGGGUCCUUUGGGUUUAGUCCCAGGCGCGGAUCCGUAGACCCACAUAGCGUGAAAGUCGCGUUGUCCUUGACAGAGACGCAUGUCGAGAUUGGGCCAUUGCUGGCCUUGCUGAAGGCGCUGGCACAAGAUGCCCCGGAUACAACACCUGAGUCACUGCCCCCGCUUGACACUUCGUUGUCUCCGCUCGUGUCUCCAGGGGGGAUGUCAUUCUUCACGUCACCAAUCUCACCCACCAAUUCACGUUCUCCGCUCCUGAGUGCAUUCACGGGUACUAUGGUGCGACGGCAUCAUCCGCAAAACGCUAAGCUGAAGGAUGUCAAAGACACGUCCAUCCUUUCCUUUUUGUCCGAAGCGACUUUCCGGAUGUCCAGAAUCACCGUUUCGGUCGACUCGCACAUAGAAGACCGGAGAUAUAACUACUGCGUCAACUCUAUAGAUGCCUCCGCACGGAUCAGCCGCCCAGAACGGGACGCACUGCAUCGAAGAUGGCUGGGUGCCAAGAAGAUACCCGCCGACCCGGAAGGGUACGUCCUCGACGUGACCACCGGCGAGCUGCGCGCCAAUCGCGACUCUCUGCAUCUUCUGUCGAUCAAGUCCGUGUCGAUCCGAACAUUGGCGGUCCAGUGGCCGCCGGGAUGGCUCCAUGCCAGUCCGUUCUUAAGUGGGGACCCAAAUGCCCCGUUUCUUGCUGUGCAUGUCGGUGUCGGCCCCAUCCGCUUGACGGAAAGACUUGACUGUCUGCUCAUGAUGACGGCAGCUUUGCCUGCACCAGCCAAGCCGGAGACAGAACCAGAACCAGCGACAGAGCGCUAUCUGCCACGAGUAGCACUGGAGUUGGAAUGCCAGUCAAUCAGCGGGACUCUAGUUGUCAGUGAUUCGGCGUCCAUCGGGCUGCGGACGGACGGCUUUGUGCUAUCGGUGGUGAGCCAGUACAUCCCCCGGCGAGGAGGACGGGCGUCGAUCCCGGUAGACGCCGUGCACCUGCAUCUGACGGCGCAAGUCGGAUUUGCUCUCCGGCCGACAUUUGUGCGUGUGUGUUCUGGCCCGGUGGAGGACCCGGUGCUGCUUUCGAUGGAGUCGUUCGAAGUGACCGGCCACUGCCGGGCCGAUGCGACGCUGAGCGACGACUCACAUACUGCUCUGGUGUACUUGCCCUCUCGGACGAUUGAGGUGCUAUGCACUUCUGAUGCGUUGUGUGUCGAACUGUGGCACCCGCUGGUUGUGCAGACCCUCCUGCACGUGCUCUCAGCUCUACCGGCGCCGGCACCGAAGACAUCUACGUUCUCCGUAAGCCAGCUGCCGAAGGGUGUGUUCGCGACGUUCUCCCUGGCGCGGUUUGUGGUGUUUGUGACUGCUCCCGAUCUCAAUCCAGAUGACACAAUGGAUCUCGCUCGCGGAUUCGCUGUGCGUGCAGUUGGGCUGGCGGUGCAGUUCUGCUCUCUACGUGCAAAUCCAGAGCCCCGAUCCCACUGGCGGUCAGCCACCCGCCAGAUGCUGUACCUGCCACCGGAAACCCUGAUUCCAUCCGUGCUGGGGGCGCUGCGGACAAACAAUGUUGCAUCCACGGUGCACGUGUCUCUUACAGACCUGGCUGUGCGCAGUGCCGUGUCCACGCAAUUCGAAGCCGAUGAUCCCCUGAUCUCUGAACGAGACGCCCCGGGACUCAAGCAGCAGGAGUUUCUGGCGCUGCAGAAGCCGAGCAUCGUGGUUGCGCUGUCCAGCGGGACGUUUUGGCCCACUGUCAGCAGUGCGGACAACUGUUCGGUCACCGUGACUCUUCCCAGUGUCAAGGUGUCGUUCCAGCUCGCCCAUCUUUACAGUGUCUUACUGGGCGCAUCGACUGUGCACAAGCUCGCUGGUGCAAGACGAAAAUCGCCGAUCGUGAAACAGCCCAUGCCAUCGUCAUUACACGUGACGACCAAUGUGCUCGUGAAGACUGUUCACUUGAUCUGCGCUCUGCCGGCACAAUCUGCGCACUUUCGCUGGGACGGCCUCAGUGCCGUGCUCAAAGACAAGGCGAUUACGGCUUCGUGGGAGCGUGCAACUGGCUGGGUCAAAAUCCCUGCAAGCAGCACCCCUAAGCUUUGGGCUGGUCCGCACUCUGAGCGGUGGGAAGAGCUGCUGAGUCUGCGCCGGUGGACAGCCACCAUCGAUGCCGGGGACAUCCUCAUUGACGCUGAUGCCGCGAGGAUCCGCAUCGCACACGGAUUCGUGUUGGCCGAUCUGGUGCUCGACAUCAGUCUGUGCGUGAAAUCCAUCAAACACCUCGGCCGCAUCUGCUUGCUCGGCGAGUUCUCGUCUGUUCCAUUCCCCGAGGCCGAGGCGGCCAAGCACGUGCCCAAGCUGACGCUGAACAUCCGCGCUCUGUGCGUCGAGGCCGCGGAUGAUCCGUUCGAGACGAGGCUGGGGCUGGCGUCGCGUGUGGGACUGGACGCAGCCAAGAGUCGGAAGGAUCGCGAUGAGGCGUUCCAGGCGAAGGUCAACUCGAUUCUCGCGGCCGAGUCGUCCUCGGAUUUCAACUUCACCUCCCAGCAUUCCGUAUCGAUCAGCGAUGCGCGGGAGAGACUGGCUGAGGUGCAUUCCGUGGACUGGAUCAUGCGGCUGAAUAUGGCCCGGCAGAAACAGGCCAAGGACGAGGACUCGUUUGUUCGGAAGCAAUUUGGUGUGGACCACACCACGCUCUGCAGUCUGAUCGAGGUCACCCCUCCGCCGUCUUCGCCCCCCUUGUUACGAGCCCUGUUCACGAAUAUCUCGCUCAAUCUGUCACCCCCGUCGUUCCCUAUAGAGGCCCUCCCCAGUUUCUUACACAAGCAGGGCGGCGGACUCCCUGUCGACACGCAGUUCUCGUUGCUCGUCCCGCUCCACCUGAACUUUGGCGUGUCGUCGCUACGCGUCACUCUGCGAGACUACCCGCUGCCGCUGGCCUGGAUCCCGCCCCGCUCAGACAGCACACUCUUUGCGCUCGACUUUGAUGGGGAUCUCGUGAUCGCAGAGGAGAUGUGCACGGACCUGUCCGUCGACUGGGUCGAGUGUCCCGUCGUCCCGGUCAAUUACGGCAUGCCGGGGUCGGCGCCGUUCGCGUUGUCGAUCCCCAAGACCAUCAUGCCGGUCAAGUCGUAUGCGAAUCCCGUGAUUUCGGUGUCCGCGGACGAUGCGACAGUUUUCACAUGGGGCGUCAGCUAUGGAUUCGCCACACAAGAUGUCAUGCGGGUCGUCGACACGCUCUCCAGCGCCCCGCGAGACGCGUCGCCUGCGAUGGGCUUCUGGGAUAAGAUGCGGCUCAUCUUCCAUUGGACCAUCACGACUGAGUUUGCCAACGAGGUCCGGCUGCAGAUGAAGGGCUCCCGUGAUCCGUAUCUCAUCAACGGCGAAGGGGCUGGCUUUGUCCUGGCUUGGCGGGGUAAGCCACGGCUCUGUAUCGGCGAAAGGAACGAUGCGAACGAGCUGGUGCAGAUCAUCAGUGACUCGAUGUUGAUCGCCAUCCCAGACUUCUCCAAUUUACAGCCCAAAUAUAAACGCAAACAACGUCGUCCCCGGCCAUUCAAAAAAGUGUGUGCGACGUUCAGUGCCGGUGUCUGCUUCGGAAUCGGGUUCGUCAUGGAACGGUCCUGUGGACCCGAGUGUGUCCUGGGUUGUUCCGGAUCAGCAUUCCACCGGCAGUGCCGUUUGUACACUUUCCGGCCGCACUACGAGGUGAAGAUGGAGAGGAAACCACCGGGGGUCGUGCCAGAACGUAAGGGGCCGGACGACUCGUACAACGGCUUCCGGUCGGAUUUCAUCCAUCUUUCCGUGUCGCUCACGUCCGCACUGAAAGCGGAGUCGUCUGCGCCCAGCAGUUUGCACUUGACGCCGUUGGCGUUUACUCAUUUCUGGAGCUGGUGGAAGCUGUUCGAUGGGGUGCUGAGUCUGCCUGUGCGACAGGGCCUGGCCUGGCCGCACCGUCCCAUCUCACCCAAAUUUGGACGGCAUCUUGCCACGAUCAAGUAUCGCAUUGGGGUGCGGAAUCUGUACAUCAUGCACGGCUACAUCGACGACUCGCGGGAGACCUGGGCGGAUGGGCUGACGCCGUGGGUUGGCGUCAAGGGCUUCAUCGAUCAUUUCCAAGUCGACAUGCAUCAGCGAGAGGAGGAAAAGUCGGUCGACAACAAGAUCAUCCGCCGCAAACCCUUCUACGCAGUCGAACUGGCCAUGCAGGGGAUCGAUCUGCGGGCCCUGCUAGCCGUCUUCGACGAUCCCAUGAAAGCGCAAGUCGGGGUCGGCGCCUCGCCGCAGCGGAGCAACUACCUCAACCGCCGGGCGGAGCUGCCCCAGGUGAAAGAUGAGCGCUGGUGCGACGCGGAGGACUUUGUCGAGCUCGAUUGGGCCGCGCGGGACGUGGCGUCGGGGGCCCCGGGGCCGGCACUGCAUUUCUUGCCGGUCGGCGUGUGCCCGAGGUUCACGUAUUUCAGACGCGGGGGGACGCCGGAGGACAGCAAGUUCGGGGAUGAGAGGUCGCACACGUGUUUCUUAGGGAAAGAACCGUCGGUGCCCCAGGUCCAGGUUGAGCUGGCCAAGGAGCGGCUGAGAGAGUUGUCGGAUCCUAAAAUGUCGGACAUUUUGAAAGACUAUAUCAAGAUCCUCGAAAACCCGGAAUCACCGAUGGACCACAACUACCAUCUCCCAGCAGACAGUCUCUCAGAAUCUGAAUGGGCUGAAUUCGAUAACGUUUUCCAAGUUCAUUGCCCAAAGCUGUUUUUGGACAGUGCGGUCAGAGACAUCAUGGUUCAAUAUUAUUACUGCUCUCGGGCCCGGAAAGGCCAGGAAUAUCACAUGGCUGCUCGCGCCGUCCAGUUCAUCCGGGAUCAGGCCGAACAGGCGCUCCACAACACGAACGGCGACAAGCACGGCUCGCCGGUCCAGGGUGCUGCGCAAGUGCUGAAGAAAAUCCUCACCGGGGCUGAUUCCCCGGCCAACGCACCAAAGCAGCAUCAGCCCGCCAUGAGCAUUGACCCGGCCUCCGGUUGGUCCGACGGCGUGUCGCUCGAGAAGGCGCACUGCUGUCUUCUGCUUAAACCGCAGAUCGUCCUCCGCGACGAAUGGAAUUCGGAGCAGAGCUGUGUCGUAGCGGCUGUGCAGGCGAAGCUGCAGAGCUACACGAUCCUGGACGACAAGAACGUGGAUGACCCGAUCAACGGCAAGAUCAUGUCCCGGACGUACACGACCCUGUCGGGCUUGCAGACGUUCACACCCGAGUCGCGCGAAUACGCGGGUGACGGGUGUGUUCCGCUGGAGGUGCUGAUCGACUUCCGGUGCGACACGGAGGAAUUCCAGCGUCUGGUGCCGCAGACGGACGCGGCCUUCCACUACGACAAAUUCAACCGCCUGCGGUUGCGCAACAACGUGGUCCCCCGGAACUCCGAGUUCCGGCAUCUGCAGGACCAGACGGAUCUGAUCCAGGUCCACAUCCCCAAAUUCACCGUGACCGCCAACGACGCGCAUUUCCAGAUCAUCUCGAGGAUCGUGACGAAGCUGAUCCUGUUUUCCGACGCGGCGUUGAAGACGCGCACGAACAAGCUCGAGACGCUGCUCUUCACGUAUGACUUCAAGGAUCUGUUUUCGGUGGCGGGCGUGGUCAAGGACUUGCAGACGGGACUGCGCGAUGCAACGGAGACGGAGGACACCGCCGAUCUCAGCCAUCUGGGUCUCGAGGAAGGUGCGUUGGAGCUGUUGAAGCUGAAGGCGCAUAAGAUGCUCCUGUCCGAAGAGCUCAAUGCUCUGUUCGACUGCAUCCAACUGGCCCAGGACGAGCGAGACCAGCAAUCAGAAUCCAAGUCAUCGCUGCUGCUGCACACGUCGUCGUCCGAGAUCAGCUGGAGGAUGCUUGACGAGCAGCGGGAGAUGUUGGCCAAGCUGGUCGUGCAGGACAUCGACUUUUGGUGGCUCAGUCGCCAGGACAGCUCGAGCGUCAAUGACCUCAGUGUGGGCAAUCUGCAGGCGUUCGAUGGCGCGCAGAACGCACGGUGGGCGGAGAUUCUGUGCAAGUACGAUGAGCCGGCGAACCAUCCUUUGCUCAAGAAAGGGAUAUUUGUGAUGGCGACGUGGUCCGUCCUCGCUCCAGUGGGCGGGAUCACGAUCUACGAAUCGUUCGAGCUCAACUUCCACCCGAUGCGGCUGCAGGUCGACGCCCGCGUCGGGCGGCGCAUCAUGGAAUACGUCUGGCCCGAUCGGAGAAACCGUAAAAUGAUCCUCGAGGACGAUAGCCAGCCGACGUCGGUCGAUCAGUCACCGCCGGAGACAGCGGAGCCGUCGCAGAUGCCGAUUGGGAUUUCGGCUUCAGUGCCGGCUUUGGCGUCCACGACGCUGGCACCGACAGCGUUGGCCGCGCCGAUGCGGCUCAGCGCGUCGAGGUCGUUCACGGACUUGCGGUCCGCGACGUUGACCCCGCCUCGGACGUUGCAUCGGACUGCGUCGAGCGGAGCUCUGCGGCAGGCCUCGAUGCCGGCUCCCAUCUCCCAUUCCUCGUCCACUGCUAGCUCGAGCACACAGAAGAACGUGGUCUCGGGCCCGCGCAAGACGGGCGACGCUGCUGAGAUGAAGACCCGGUCGUCCCAGAAGAGUUUCGUGCUGGUCAGGAUAUCGAGUCUGAAUCUGCUGUUGAGCGUGUCGAAAGAGCAGUCUUUCGUCUGUCGCGACGCGCAUAUCAGAACGAGGGACCUUGAGUAUCGGAACCAAACAUGGAGUUUUGAAGAGCUUGUGAACCAAUUCAUCCCAUCGGACAUGAGCUGGAAAGGCUGGCUCAAGAUGGCCUUCCACCAGCCGCUGGUCCCCGUCCUGCCCGUCGCCCGGGAACUCAUCUCCAAGACGAAGUGGAUCGCAGGCAAGGCCGUGACGAAUGGGCCCGGGGAGGACUCGGACACCGACAGCCAGCGGCGAUGGAAGCUGGGCAGGAGACACCGGCCCGAGACGCCGCCGGUCGAGUCCGACUCGGAGUCGCGGUCCUCGAUGACCCAGAGCCACCCUCCCACGCACAACAAAAAGUUUGCGACCAUUUUCGGGCGUAAUCGGACGGGGAGCGCUGGCGUGGCUCAUUUGUAGCAUCUGACGGAUUUGGCUCGAUCUGCAUACCACCAUCUACUUUUUGCCGCUUACCAUUGGAUAGACACGCAUACAUGUACCAACUCACUCAUACUACACCCGCAUUUUACUCACCGCCUUCGCAACGGAGUUAUUAUUAUAGAUAUCGUAUCGUCUACCUACUGCUCGCUGUGAAAAGGAUCUGAUCUGUUCUGCGAUUUCCUUCAGCACCUGUCUAGAAACCAGGCAGCUUGUCCGUCGAGAUUGGACCGCUUCCAUCAGAGGAAAACAUCGCGAUUGUUACAAUGCACUGACUUUCAUCACCCAAGUUGUACGGAUCUCGCAACAUUGCAGAAGCACCUUCCAAGUUGUUAUCAAAAUUAACACAUUACAUGCACCACAUUCAAAAGAUGCCCUCGAUCUUGCUCUUGACACUUUCGAUGUCACCCGCCAGCCCAAGCGAGGCGAGACAGCCGCUGCACGAGGCGGGCUGGGAAAAUGGGUGAAUGAAUGCCGAUAUCGCAUGUCUGUACCCAGGGUCAAGGCGUACCAGAGCGACGGCGUCCUGCACAGCAGCGAGAAUGCAGCCCGCAUCCGUGAAUGGGUCUGGCGUCGACGAAAACUGAGAGACGGGUGAUGGAGCUGAUGUUGAUCGAGUGCUUACCGACAUCCGCCUGGGCAACAGCCAGUCCACACGACAGUCCCACUUCAGGUGUGGUGAUGAGCGCGGUGUGGCAGUGUGGUUGAUGCGGCUAGGUACUUGCCGGUGGGUGCGAGAUUGAGCAGACACGCUGGAGAGGGGUGUCAAUGUCAGCGCCCGCUUUGCGCUGCAGACGGUGAUCCGCACUCUUGAGAUCACAGCUGCGCUGGGUCAAGCGUGUCGGAGCGGCAGAUGCGAUUGCAGCAAGUGCGAUGAUGGGAGCAAAGAGCAUGGGCGAUUGAAGGAGAAGAAAAAGUAAAGUAAAGUUCUGGCGGAGAAACGGGAAAAAAAGGUGGCUCAGCCGCCCGAGAAGAAGAAUCAGUUCCAAUCUCGUCGAGCUGGGUAUUUAUUGUAGACACGGAUGCGAUGCCGCUGGGCUAGCCGUUGAAGACAAUCAGAGCAAUUCACAUGCAGAUCAUAGUAAAGCAGAAUCAGAGAGAUUGAGGACAGCCAGAGAGAUUCGAUGACCAGACAAGUCAGCAGUGUGCGAUAGACAGUGUCCUGGAGAAGUGCCCGUGGCAUCUCGAUACAAGACGUCCUGGGCCAGUCGGGCCUGGGUCGACAACCCAUCUUGCGACGCAGAGAUCCCCAACCAACGACUGAGCUGUGGACAGCCCGACAAAUGCAUCGAAAUUUGUCCGACUCUGGUUUGAUGAUGAAAGUCGGAAGGGGCUGUUCAGCGGAUGGCGGUCACAGUGGAGGGAAGUAUGUUAAGCGCUUUAGGAUGGCUAAAUCGGUGUACACCAAAACCGACGCAGCGGGGCAUCAUAUCGUUGGCGUCCAAUCGGGAGAACACUGAACAGUCGGUUCGAUUGAUGUGAUGACGGGGACGACGGAAAGAAGGGGCGCGAUCGGUUGCUCGAAAGUAUGUAACGUGCGUGCGUCUUCGGCGUCAUCACAUCCUUCUGCUCUCUCCCCACCCUUCCCAAUGAAAAUCGCUAUCGUCGGUUCAGGCGUCUCCGGCCUAAGCGCCACCUGGCUCCUCAAUGAGUACAGCGACCACGAAGUGCAUUUGUACGAAGCCGACGACCGACCUGGCGGACAUGCUAACACGGUCAUGUUUGCGCCACCAGGAAAGAAGGAGGGUGUGUAUGUCGAUACUGGCUUCAUUGUUUUCAACCCGAGCACAUACCCCAACUUCAUCAACUUUCUCGAAUUGAAUAAGAUCCGAAUCUUGCCGACGGAGAUGACGUUCAGCGUGUCGCGCGAUCGCGGUGCCUUCGAGUGGGCGGGAGACACGAUCUUCACUGUGUUCUGCCAGCCGUGGAGGCUCGUCGAUCCUGACAUGUGGCGCUUGCUGUAUGACGUGCUGCGGUUCAACGCGUGUGCGCGGUCCAUUCUACGCGACGACUUUCCGGCGGAAACGUCUAUUGGGGAAUACCUGGACAAGGAGGGGUAUUCUAUGUCCUUCAAGGACAAUUAUCUGAUUCCCAUGACGGCUUGUAUCUGGAGCACGCCGCCGGAGAAAUGCGCUCUUGACUUUCCCGCGAAGACUCUCAUCCAGUUCAUGAGCAAUCAUCAUCUGCUCCAGGUGACCGGAAAGCCGUCUUGGUUGACACUGGAUGGGGGAAGUCGAGUCUACGUGAAUCGCAUAUUGUCCAAGCUGCCUGAACAUCAACUGCAUUUGUCUACUCCGAUCAGAGCGGUCACGCUCUCGAUCCUGCAAGCCGGAGAAGGUCUGACUGCGGAGGAGGAAGCUAUCCUGGGCAAGUUCCAGUGGAACCAGAACGAAGCCGUGCUGCAUUGCGACACAAACGUUCGUGCGCACGCGGGUGCAUCUGAGCUGGAUGACCACGGUGCUCGAAAGGCGAAUUCGGACCAGGUGUCCUUGACCUAUGGGAUGAACGCGUUGCAGCACAUUCCUGAAUCCAAAUUCGGGCCUGUCCUGGUGACUCUCAAUCCUCCAUUCGAGCCCCGCAAGGGCACCACCGGAGGUCGCUGGCGAUACGACCAUCCAGUGCUCGACGGCAGUGCGGUCCAGGCUCAGAAGCUCGUGCCGCGCAUCCAGCGAACGCGAGGGCUGUCGUAUGCCGGUGCUUACCUCCGAUACGGCUUCCACGAGGACGGAUUCGCGUCGGGGCUCGCUGCUGCUCGCCAUUUUGUCGAUCGGAACCGGCUGCCGUUUGAAUUGGAGCUGGAUGUCGAUAGACCUGCCCCUGACGCGAAGGUCGCUGAAAUGAUCUUUGGCGAGGAUCUUUCCUUCCUCCUCCCCGUUCCUCAUAUGCCUUCCGUUCGCGUUCGUCGCAGCACCUAUGUGGCGGUCGAACCGAUACCCCCACGGCCUCUGACAGAAAUCUUCAAGCCCCCCUCAGAAACGGGUGUCCCGAUCGCUGGGUCCGACUCCACCUCGCCUCCACACACUCGCCCAUCUCCGCGCAGCAGCAGGGUGCAAAGCCAUGUCGUCGGCUCCACGCGCUCUCGUGUGCUGUCCUCAAAUUUCCGCGCUGCGUCACCCGAGUCGUUGGGGCGGUCGGCCACCCCUCUGUCGCACCACUCUGGCGUGAACACAGACGUCGUCGUACGGGCGCGCUCGGACGGCGAGCCUGGGCUUAUUGGAAGCGCCCUUAGUGUCUCUGACGCGGAAUCUCAACGCCCUGGACUGGGGCGGGACGACAGCGACCAGGAUCUGGACGACCAUGUCGACCAGGUUGUUGAGCAUUUGGAUGUUAUUGACCCUCAAGUUGCAACUGUGUCUACGCUCACUAACGCUGCAAAUGCCAUUCUUUUCCCCCCAUGGCAUUCUCACAAGCCUGUCGUGACACUGUCGUCGCCGUCUAUUUCGGACGUCACGGACCCAGAGGACGGACAGCGUCCUGGAAAAGAAUACGAGGAUUCCUUAGACCGCCAUGUGCAGGAUGUCUUGAAGAAACCUUCGAAGUUCCGGCGUACGAUGAAGGGUGUUUUAGCUUUCCUCAAAACGCCUUUGGGUGUAAGUUGUGCCAUUCUGUCGCCUGGACCGACUAAUCAGAGCCGGAGCUUAGAUGAUAACUGGAGUCUAUGGCUUCUUUUGUUUUGGGGAGCUGCGAUCGUCAUUUUCUUGGUCAAGAUCAUCAAUUUCCACAACGCAAACACACAAGGAUUUUGGGUGGAAGUCAGCUCGCAAGUAGAAAACGGCGAGAUUGUUCACUGUCACCGGAAUCGGAUUGAUACCCUCACGCGUUCUGGACACCUACAGUACGCCGCACCUCUCAGUUCGAAAGUGAUCUAUGCUGAAUCGAAUUCAGGGGUAUUCUGGAUUUGGCAUUACAAACGCAAGACCCGCAGGCUGCGUUUGAAAGCCGGAUUGCCCGUUCUGUUUGACGAGGACGAUCUACCAGACCCUGCUUACGACCCCAAUUAUGUUCACGUUCUCACCGACGAAGAGCAGAAGUAUCUGCACCGACAUGAACUAGAGCAAGUGAAGUUCCAACGGCAUCAAACCUGGUAUCGGGCACAUGGAACUGAGACUCAUCGCGCGUUCCCGAUCAACACUGCGUUGCUCAUAUGCUGUUUGAACGACGGUAAUUCCAUCUUCCAGAUCAUACUCUGUGGCACCAUGUGGGGAUUAGAUCGCUUCCAGCGGCCUGCAUGGAGCACGGGUAUUCUCAUCCCAGCCAGCUUCCUUUGUGGGAUAUUCUCUGCCGUCUUUAUUGCCAUCGGCGGAAACCACACCAAGCGCGUAGAGAAGGUGCGGGAAAGGCUGGCUGCCGCACUUGCUAUGGAUCAUCCCGCCGAUUUGAACACCGACGCGAGCAACCUUGAGAGGGGCGCGGAAAAGGUCCCGGAUCAUUAUGCCAACGGUAAUGGUCAUAGUCCUCUAGAGGAGGAGCUGGUCGCUGAUGAGCGGAUGGUCGUGCCUGCUGUGGAUGAAAAGGGCCAUCCGGCGUUUCUGCCGCCUCAGCAUUUCCAACCCCAAUACUACCAGCCCCAACCCUCUCCCCCUCCCCCUCCUGUGUAUAACCCUGACCCCGCCUCGUUCCGCAGAGACUAUUCACGACAUCUAGCGGAGCUCAAGGUCAAUUCCAGGCCUAUCAUUCAGAACCUCUCUGUCAUAGCACAAGACUUUACCCGCUACGCUGAGAUCAUUGUCCAAUGCAUCGAGUCCCACAUACGGCAGGUUCCGCAUUGGAUGAAACUUCCCGCUUUCUAUCUGCUCGACGCCAUCUCGAAAAACGUCUUUGAUCCCUACGCUCGGCACUUUUCGGGAAUCGUGGUCUCGCUGUUUCUAGACACGCACUCCUCAGUAGACGAAGUGACCCGCGGAAAGAUGGAGGAAAUGCUGAUCACUUGGAGGACAGGUUCGCCUACUGGGGCACCGUUGUUCGGCGAGCCGGCGCAGGCGGCCAUUGAGCGGGGUAUAUGGCAGAAAGGCAAUGCGGAAGUGUUCAAGGCUCAGGUUCUUACCGAGCUCGAGUUCACACUGAGUCAGAAGGAGCGGGCGUCUCACGCGAACCCUUAUGACACAACGUCACAAAACCACAUCGUCAUUCUGCAACAGUUGCGCAGAUUAAUUGAAACCGGUGUCUCGUAUCCGGAGUUAGAGCAAAUUCUGGCUCAGCUGAGGUCGCUGAUGCGACCCGUUCCUGUGCCUCAACCUCCACCACAGCCUCAGCAGGCAUGGCCGGCUCCCCCUUCUCAUACUCCAACACCUGUAUACAACAACGCACCGGCUCAACCACCUCCUUUCGGAUAUUCCGGAUCAUUCGCUAAAUCUGAGCCUCCACCUGCCAGUAGCUCGACAGCUGCGACUCUGAUAUCACAAGACAGUAUCCUGAACCUGUUGACCACGUUGAAGAAGCAAGGCUUCGGGGGUGAUAAGACCGAUGACACGCCCGAACAACAAGCACCUGAUCUUGACCGUGAUGCUUCCAGGGCCUAUCGUGAUGCCAUUUUGUUACGUGGUGUGCGACUGACAAGUACAGAUGUUACAAGGAAGCGCACUGAUGUUGCCGAGUUCUUGUACGACCGGAUGGCGCUACAGUGUAGGCAGUGCGGAGUCCGAUUUUCAGACACCGCUGCAGGGAAGCAGCGCAUGGAAGAGCAUCUUGACAUGCAUUUCCAGCAAAAUCGACGGGCCAACCAGAACAUCGGACGCGGUCACGCGAGAAGUUGGUUUGACUGGAUCAGCGAUGUUUCUGACGUCAAGGGCAAAGGUCGUGCCGAUGGAGCGAGACCUCGAGGUCUGAGUGCCAAAGCUGCGAUGGCCGCUGAAGAGGCCAAGCGGAUAGCAGAUCUGCGAGCGCAGUACGUUGUUGUGCCGCCAGGGGAGGAAGCCGUAUCUUUGGCAUGCCCCAUUUGCAAAGAAACUUUCAAGAACGAGUGGAAUGAUGAGGAAGAAGAAUGGGUCUGGCGAAACGCUGUGUCGAAGGCUGAUCGAGUGGGUGCCGGUCUUUUUUUGCGUGUGCACGAACUCAAUGGUCCUGAACGCAAGGUGUAUCAUGCGACCUGCCACGCUGAGGCUACUAAUGGGCUGGCGUUGAGGUUGAAGAGCGAGCUGGCAAGUGUAAGGAGUCGAUCCAAUACACCCGAGAAUGGGCAAAUACCGGCCUCUGCUUCUGCUGUGUUGACCAAAGUAGCGUCGGCCUCUCUGCUGGGCACUGUAUCACCAUCACGAGGGUCGUUGUCGCCGACUCAAAAACAGUUUGGGUCGGAUAGUAAGCCUUUGCUCGUAGGGAUCAAACGUAAGGCUGAGGAAUCGGAACUGGAAGCAAAUGGUGCUGGCUUGCAUUCUGAAGGCACUCCGCCCCUGAAGAAGUUGGCAUUGGCUAUAGAGUCAUAGUUUUCCUCGUUCUAAGCAAGCGGCGCGUCAUCCGGGCCUUAUCUUUAUUCAAUUACAGGACUUAUGCACAGCACAUCCAUGUACUAUGAUCAUCGAAAACGCAUUUUAGUCUCGAACUUAUAUUCCGUGUGUAAAUGAUGAAUUAAAUCAGACUCCCUCUGGCGGACGCCGAGCAGUGCGGUCC